UAAAUAAAUAAAACUUUGAAGAAUCAAGAGGACGAGCGAUAAGCGUACAAAGUUAGCGGGAGAAUCCUCACUCCGAUCAUGGCUUUCGCUAUCUCAACUCAGUCACAUUUCGCCAUCAGACCCUUGCAACUAAACCAGUUCAAGAACUCUUGUCCCCGUGCCUUCCUCGGCUCCUGUUUCAAACCCAGGCCUGACUCUUCUUACCUCCGUUCCAAGGAACUACCCAAACUGGGUUUAGUCCCUAGACACCGACAAAAGUUCCAGGUCGGAGUUGGGACUGGAGGAGAGUUAGCCGACAGUGGAGAAGUAGCUGAUUCUGUUGCUUCUGAUGCACCUGAGUCAUUUUCUUGGUCUUCUGUGAUACUCCCGUUUAUAUUCCCGGCUUUGGGAGGGCUAUUGUUCGGGUAUGAUAUUGGAGCAACCUCCGGUGCUACCCUCUCACUUCAGUCAGCUACGCUCAGUGGAACGACAUGGUUUAACUUGUCACCUGUUCAGCUUGGACUUGUGGUUAGCGGAUCCUUAUAUGGAGCCCUUCUUGGUUCAACUCUUGUCUAUGGCAUUGCUGAUUUCCUUGGAAGAAGACGGGAACUUAUUAUAGCUGCUGGUCUCUAUCUCCUUGGGUCUCUGAUCACUGGCUGCGCCCCUGAUCUUAAUGUUCUCUUACUUGGAAGGCUUCUCUACGGCUUGGGUAUUGGUUUGGCAAUGCAUGGGGCUCCACUCUAUAUAGCUGAGACAUGCCCAUCUCAAAUCCGUGGAACUCUUAUAUCUCUCAAAGAACUCUUCAUCGUAUUAGGCAUCCUGCUGGGUUUUUCUGUUGGAAGCUUUGAGAUUGAUGUGGUCGGAGGGUGGAGAUACAUGUACGGAUUCGGUACCCCUGUUGCUUUGCUCAUGGGACUAGGCAUGUGGAGCCUCCCUCCGUCUCCUCGCUGGCUGCUUCUUAGAGCUGUUCAAGGCAAAGGCGCUCUACAAGAAUACAAAGACAAAGCCAUGGUUGCACUCAGCAAACUACGUGGAAGACCUCCGGGUGAUAAACUGUCGGAGAAGCUGGUGGAUGAUGCGUUGUUAUCUGUGAAAACGGCUUAUGAAGAUGAGGAGAAGUCUGGGGGGAACUUCUUGGAAGUGUUCCAAGGGCCUAACUUGAAAGCUCUGACUAUUGGUGGUGGUUUAGUUCUUUUCCAGCAGAUAACUGGACAGCCAAGUGUUCUUUAUUACGCGGGUUCGAUUCUUCAGACUGCUGGAUUCUCUGCUGCUGCUGAUGCAACUAGAGUCUCUGUUAUCAUUGGUGUCUUCAAGUUACUGAUGACAUGGGUGGCUGUUGCUAAAGUUGAUGAUCUUGGAAGACGUCCCUUACUGAUUGGAGGCGUCAGUGGCAUUGCGAUUUCUUUGUUUCUACUGUCAGCAUACUACAAGUUUCUCGGUGGUUUUCCUCUUGUAGCAGUUGGUGCACUGCUUCUCUAUGUUGGUUGCUACCAGAUCUCAUUCGGACCAAUCAGCUGGCUAAUGGUGUCAGAGAUAUUCCCGCUUCGCACAAGAGGGAGAGGGAUCAGUCUUGCAGUUCUUACAAACUUUGGAUCCAAUGCCAUUGUCACCUUUGCGUUUUCACCCUUAAAGGAAUAUCUUGGAGCAGAGAAUCUCUUCCUUCUCUUUGGAGCCAUAGCAUUGGUAUCACUCUUGUUUGUAGUUCUAGUAGUCCCUGAGACCAAGGGUCUUAGUCUGGAAGAGAUUGAAUCUAAAAUCUUGAAGUGAAAUGUUACAAAAAAAACAUGUAUGUUAUUGUAAAUUCAACAACCAAUCACAAUACAAUCAUUCACUUAAGAGACACAA